AUGCCACCUCAAAGAUCAGCGAAUGCAGGCAGGGCAACCUGUCCCUUGGAGAAAGACAACCCGGCGUCUUCCACUGCCACAUCAAACCAGUCAUGGAAGCUCAAGUUCAACGACAGGCAACUGGAGCGAAAGCGCCAGGCCGACCGGGUCACUCAGCGGAGGAUGCGGGAGAAGUCAAAGCAGACAGCUGCAGCCUUUAAGGAAAAAAUGAACCUUCUCAUGGAUGGCAACCACAAUGCUCUGAUAGAGCGGACACUAGCCGAGAAUCAGACACUGAUGGCAAAACUAAAAAUGUUCCAGGUUAACUUUUAG